AUACAGGGCCAUGGGCAGUUGAGACACUUAUCUAGAGAGAGACAGGGAGGAGAGAGAAAAUAUCAACACGCACAAACAGUCGUCGCCUCUGCUCUUCCAUGUUCGGCGUCUCCAGUCAAAUUGGUGUACACGAGAUUCUUCAAUGUUCUGUGGUUACGCGUUUCUCUCCAAUCAAAUCGUCGGCUUUGGCUUGAUCAAUCUCCCAAUCGUCACUCUUGGCGCAAGACAAGGCAAGCUCCAGCAGAUUCCUGCUCUUGAUUCGUCGCAAUUAUUGAUUGGGGUUUUCUGCGGCAAGCUGGUGUAAAUUCAAUUUUCUUUGAAGUCUGCAAGUUGGAAGAACAAUGGGAGGAGUAUGCUCAGGCGGGACAACAAACAGAAAUUCGGAGACUCGCCUGAAGAGAUUAGGCAAACACCAUUCCGGGAAGCUCAACACAGAAAACAGCUUUAACAAGAAGAAGAAUGAAGAUCCGUAUUUGUAUUCUAAUGAGGAUGCUUUAGGUAAAGCGCCACGUAUGCAUGAUUCCGGGGAGCUGAGAAUUCCAUUUUCCAGUGAAUUGAAGCCAUCGACACCUGCUAGAACUGUGGCUAACAAGGUGCCCCAAGUUAGCUCAUUUUUUGGAAGAGCUGGUGUUGUGGGCCUAGAGAGGGCAGUGGAGGUUCUAGACACACUUGGAAGUAGCAUGUCAAACUUGAAUGCUAGCAGUGGAUUUAUUUCUGGUGUGACUUCAAGAGGAAAUAAAAUAUCCAUAUUGGCUUUUGAAGUGGCUAACACCAUCGUCAAAGGUGCAAACUUGUUGCAAUCUCUUUCUGAGGAAAAUAUCCAGUUCUUGAAGAAAGAAGUUCUGCAUUCUGAAGGUGUACGACUGUUAGUUUCUACGGAUAUGAAUGAGUUGCUGCAUAUUGCUGCUGCUGACAAAAGGGAGGAAUUUGACAUUUUCUCCCGGGAAGUAAUUAGGUUUGGAGAUUUAUGUAAAGACCCACAAUGGCACAAUCUUGGUCGAUUUUUUUCAAAAUUAGAUUCAGACCAUGCAGGCCACAAGCAACUUAGAGAAGAGGCGACAUCGACAAUGCAAGAGCUGACUACUCUGGCUCAGCAUACUUCUGAAUUAUAUCACGAGUUUCAAGCUCUAGAUAGGUUUGAGCAAGAUUAUCAGAGGAAGGUCGAAGAAGUGGAGUCUCUGAAUCUCCCACGAAAAGGAGAGAAUUUCAUGAUAUUACAGAGUGAGCUUAAACAUCAAAGAAAGCUUGUAAGGAGCUUGAAAAAGAAAUCUCUUUGGUCUAAAAAUUUGGAGGAGGUCAUGGAGAAGCUUGUUGAUGUCGUUACCUUCAUACAUCAAGAGAUUUUUGAAGCAUUUGGAACUAAUGGAGUGACACUGGUCAGUGAUGAGCCCAACAACCCUCGAACACUUGGCAAAGCUGGUCUUGCAUUACACUAUGCUAAUAUAAUUAAUCAGAUUGAUAACAUCGCAUCUCGUCCAACUUGCCUCCCAUCAAAUAUGAGGGACACAUUAUAUCAUGCUCUGCCAAUCAGUGUUAAGACAUCUCUACGUUCACAAUUGCACACAGUUGAUGCCAAUGAAGAGCUCACAAUUCCUCAGAUCAAAGCUGAAAUGGAAAAAACACUUCAAUGGCUGGUUCCAAUGGCAACAAGUACAACCAAAGCACAUCAAGGCUUUGGAUGGGUUGGUGAAUGGGCAAACACUGGCUCGGAGUUUAGCAAGAAGACCACAAGCAAUGGUUUGAUCCGACUUCAGACUCUCUAUCAUGCGAAUAUGCAGAAGACAAACAUUUACAUCCUAGAACAGGUUUCUUGGCUUCACCGCUUGAUCAGCCAAGUAAGACAGAGAGACGAUGGAUCCCGGCCUCUGCCUCUUCGAUCUCCAACCUGCAAGGGGCUGGUUUUGAACACUCAGAUGCUGCAGCUCCAGUCCAUGAACUGUAAAAACAGCAAUACCCAUUGUAGUGCCAUUCAACUUUCUCAAGAAGACAUGGACAUGUUGGAAGGGGUGAUCCGGAGGAGGAAGGUUCUCGGACGAAGCAAAAGUCAGGAGUUCUCCACGGCCAAGAAGAGAGGGACUAGAGUCCAUGCCUUGUGCAGGAGCACUGGUAGUUCACCGAGGAAGGAGGAGAUGAGUGCAACACAAGUGUUGGAAUGCCCGAAGAAUGUUUUGGAUGUAAUGGAUGGAUUGAAUCCAACAUUCUUAACUUCAUGAUCCAGAGCAUUCAAAACAUAUAUCCUUUUGUUUUUUUUUUUUGAGUUCUGCGGUAUCCAAAAAAUUUUCCUAUUUUUUAUUUUUUAUUUUCUUUUAUUUUCUUGUAUAUAUUCUUAUAUACAUAUAAAUAUAUAGUAUGGUGGUAUAUUGUAUUAUAUAGGUAAUGAUAUUGGAAUUCUAUUGUACUGAAAUUCCGUCCUACCUGAAUACAGCUAUAGAAACAGUGGUCUAGGCUAUAAUAUAUUAAUAUUGG